AUGCGCCUACCUCCACGGGUUGGCGCGGCCGCAGCUGCCGCACCCUGGCUCGCUACAGGCUCACCGCUGCCGAUUCUUCACACCCUGCAUGCCCACGACUCGCCCGACUCGCGGCCUCUUACCCUACGACCACCGCCACCCCCUCUGCCGCCACUGCUGCAUCCUCUUCCCCACGCUCCAAGUGCUGGUGGCACAGGCAGCGCGGAUGGCGAGACAGAGGGCGAUCCGGCGGCCGGUGCCGCCUCGGCCAUUCUGGCCGCUCUGCUGCCGCUGCUCCAUGCUGCGGCGCCCGACCAUCUGCCUGCAGCCGCCGCCUCUGUUACCGCCGCCCUCUCCGCUCUACCGCCCGGUGUUCUCCUCGUCCGCGAUGGCCUGGCCGCUCACGCCGUCACGGUUCUCUCGUCGCUUGUUGUUGCCCACCCGUCCCCGGCUGCACUCGAUGCCGCUGUCGCGCUGGCCCGCGCCGCCCCCUCGACCGACACGCUGCUCUGCGCCAUCUCGCUCGCCCUCGACACACCGGCCGCGCUCUCAGACAGCCAACUAGAUGCAGUCCGCACAGGUGCCGCUACCGCUUCUCGUGAGCUUGUUGCUACCUCCUACCUGCCACGCUACCCGCUUCCGGGUGCGUGUACACUGCCGGGUCCCUCGUCGUCGGCGCUGCUCGCCUCGGGCGCGUCUGCCAACUUUGUCCUCCUCCCCUCCGGCGAGCUGCUCACGCUCUGCAAGGUAUCUUCAGUCACGCUCACCUCGCAACAACUUGACCUCCCCGACGAAGCCCAUCCGCCGUCGUCGAUAGCAGUCUUGUGCGAUGACACUGUACUCAUUGUUGCUUGCGGCUCCGAGGUCAUGCUGGCCUUUGUUCUUAACCCUCGUGCGCCUGCCGAGCACCUACCUCAUCUCUCGCACCUUCUCACCGAGCUUAUCCCUUGCCCCAAUGCUGCACUCACCAUCGCCGCCCUCGUCCAUCCGAAAGCUCCCCCAACGCUCCUCGUCGCCACUACCGCCACCUUUGCGCGGGGCACCUCUUCGGUCCUUCACACCGUUGCCAUCGCCGAUGCGUUGUCAGAUCGCGCCACUGCUUCUCUCACCUCGCGCACCGCCGUCGCCCUUCCUCCGGGCUCGUCUCUUCUCGACUCGCCCAGCCCCGCGCUCGCCUUUGCUCUCACUCCGCCUCCUCACCGUGACCUUCUCGCGCUCGACACUGCGUCCGGCGACAUGCUUGGCCCGGCUCUGCGCCCAACCUUCCCCUCGCCGGCGCCGCUUUGGCUGGUCUGGCACCACGUGCUCCCGCUAGCCGAUCCCGAGACGACUGCAGCACUCGCCGGCCACCUGGUCACUCUUGCACCGCACUUUCCGGGCCCGGUUGCCGCACUUUAUGCCGCCAACUGGCACGCGCUCGUACCCGAGCCGGCCGACCAGGCUGCUGCUCUCGGCAAAGUGCUCGCCGCUCUUGCAGUCGGGCCGGCAUCAUCUGUUGCCCCUCUCCCACCAAUGGUCGCAGGCUGCGCCCGCGCGCUCCUCGCCACGUCGUCGGCUCUUCAAAGCCUCACACCGGCCACCGUCCUCCGCAUCCUUAUCACCGCACUGCCGCGCUCUGGUAUAAUUGCGCCGGCCUUUGCUGCGGUUGUGCUCGCCGUCCUGCCUCGCGCCCUCACGUCGCCAGACCUCGAUGCCGUCGGCCGCGUUCUCGAAUUUGCCUCUCUCCUGCACGACUCGCUUCUUCCUGACAUGGCGUUGACGGUCAUCAACCACACCGCGACUGCACUCUCAGCCCUGCUUGUAUCGCCGGCUCUCUCGCACGCCUGCACUGUUUUUGCGCCAAUGCUUGCCGUCCCGGCGCUGCGGGCUGGCGUCGCCUCCAGCCCCACCCACAUUCCGCUGUUGCCACACGGCUUUGCUGCCGAACUCCGCACCCUGCUUGCCUCGGCCUCGCAGGCGUCCAUCAUCCUUGCUUCACCUCAUCUCACGCUCGCUCUCCACGCCUCUUGGCACCUCGCUGGCCGGCCGACCUCCCCCUCGUUGGCCUUUGCCCGCAGCGUCGCCAAUCUCGUUCGCGCCAUCCACUACGCUGACCGACCAACCCGUCACGCCGCGCGUACCCUCUGCACCCUCGUCCCCCAGCACUGGCAAGCGCCUGACCUCCCGGUCUCCCCUACGAUCCUCCUUGACGUUGUCGCCGGCCUUGGGCCACAUCCGUCCGACGCAGACCUCGACACCCUCCGUGCCGCUGCCACCGUCCUCUCCGACCACGCCCACUUCUGCUGCGAGCUCGCACCGUUGCUGGCUACCGAAAUCGACUCGCUGCCGCUUUCGCUUGCUCGCCCGCUCCUCCGUGCUCUUCCUUGCGUGGCCGCAGUUGUCAUUGACGCUUUGGUUGUCCGACUCGAUUCCAGCCUCAGUGACGUCGACGCUUCCCUUGUCGCCCAUCUAGUUGACGUCUGCCACGACCCGCUCGGACCGGAGCUCCUCCACUGGCUCCUGGGCCUCGCUCUUGCUCCGCGUUUGACUCACGUGCUGCUCUGGCCGACGCUGCGUGCGCUGGCCCGCGAGUCGGCGCCCGCUCUCACCACACUAGUCGACAAUGUCGUCUGCGGCCUUACCGCUGCCACAUGCCUGGUCCUGAUAGCAAUUGCGAGCCCCCUCGCUCGCCGUGUCGUACUGGAUGCUCUACCGGCAGCGGCCAGCCGAGAGUUGCUCGACUCAGCCGCCACCGACGUCGCGCCUGAAGAGGCCGACGUCAUUGUCAGCGCGCUGCUAUCUCUUGCAUUCCAUGACACCAACCUCGUUUCUUUUGCCGCAGACGCUCUAUUUGACGACUCCCGAUGGUCGGCCCCAAUGAUCCCGUCGCGGCUGCGGACCUUUCAAUGGUGCAUCUCGCCCAGUGCACCACCCGAGAGUCGCACCGCUUUUACGGCUGCUGCCGUGCGCGCACUCGGUGGAGCAUCUGCCAGUGCUGUGUUCACGGGCCUCAUGCCGCCACCUCCCCGCGACGCUGCACUGCUAGCACCGGGCUCUCCUCUAACCACCAAAAUACGCGGAGUGGCUGUCCACGGCGUCUCGCUUGGCUUUGUCGCGACUGCAAGUCUGGGAACCGACACGAUUGCGCUGCUCACUGACGACGGCGACGUUGUCCACGUCCAGCACGCGCUCACCUCGGUACUAUCGGCCCACCGGCCUGCGCAACUGGACGGCCUUGACCACGAGUUGCUGACAGCGCUUGCCGCUGCGUUAGCAUUGUCGCCGCUCGUCGUGGGAGGCGACCCCGACGGCGUCGCAGCUCUGGUCGCCGUCACCACCUGGCUAGUUCCCCGCCAUGUCGCCGCAAGCCCCCUGGCCAUCGAGCAGCUCGCGCGUCUGGCCGCCCUUCCCUCACCGCUCCUCCGGGAAGUGCCCCACAGCGAGCUAGUCGGUGCGCUGGACGAGCUAGCUACUGCCCGACACCUUCCCGGUGGGCUCUCAGUCAAGAUCUCGCUAGGCUCGCGGCGCUUUGUCGCCAACGAAGUUGCUGGCCUCGAGGCUGACGCCCGAAGCGCCGGACUCACUCGCGACCACCUCGAGCGCGGUUGGGCCCGGUUCCGCGAGCUGGACACAGACAACGACGGGCUUCUGGAUGUCACCGACUUUGCGGCUGCUGGCCUUCCGGUCUCGUCGCCGUUGUUUGCGAGCUACAUUGCGGCAUGCCGUCGGCCAGACUCGGGCCGGAUCGACGUGCUCUCGUUUCUACGAGCUUCAAUCCUGGCAACUGCCACCCCACCUCCGACCAAGUCGUCUUCAUCGCGAUCAGACGACGACGGCCUGCGAACGUUCUUCCUCUCAGCCAUCGCCGCCUGCCCUGACGGUCUCCCGUCUGUGGAUGCCGACGGCGUCGGAGUCAUCUUGGACGUCGGUUCACUCAUUACAGGGCCGUGUGAGAUCACAGGCUCACUCCUUGCCGACGAUCCGUCAGCGUCACUUGGAAGCUCCCCGUCGACCGCAACCUUGCAGCAGGCGCUGGUCAGCAAGCGGACUGUCUGGCUUCUUCCAGUUGCGGCAAUGGCCCAGGAGCCGGCGACAACAGACUGCAGUGUGCCAUCGUUCUGGCUCGCCCCGCUAGCGAGCGAUGAGGCCACCAUCGCCGAACUGGCGGUCCAAGCUGCCGCCGCCGCUCACCGCCCUCUCGGCCUUAUCCUCAGCUCUCCCGACGCUUCGCCCCACCAUGCGCUUGGAGGCGACAUGCCGCUCAUUGUGGUUGCCAAAGCCGACCAUGCCCAACUGCUCGCGUUCAGCACGGGCUUGAGUGCCACCGGCCAACAUUCCAUCCCGGCCGUACUUGAGCCACGAGCCGUUCCUGAACAAGCGAUUUCGGAGCUCUCUAGCCGCGAGUAUGACUCGCUGGCGGCGCUCUCCUCGAAUCACAGCCAUGGCCAGCUGCGCGAUGUGACGGCCAAUGCGACUGCUGAUCUCCACGCACCCAUGGCGAGUCUCGAUGCCACUGGGCGUGCGGCUGCCGUUCUGCGGUUUGCGCUCGGAGUGCAGCGGGCUCGGACAGGCCUAGUGUCGACACUCAACGAGCUCGCGGCGGCGGUCGCCAGAGGCGCUAUCGCCACCACUGAUGCGCAUGAUCUUGUCGUACCUGUACUCGACUUGCUGCUUGCAGUAGCCGAUGUCGAGGGCCAGCACUCUUGGGCCGGAGAGCUGCCACCGAUGACUGCGGCGCUCGGGCGCCUUGCCGAACAUGUGCCGCGCCUGCGCAGCUCUCUGCUCAACCUCGCUCUGACUCGCGCUGCGGCGUGGUUCGACGCCGCCACGUCGGUGCGGACGCCCAGAGCCAGCCGAUCAUCAUUGCCGGGCGCAACGGUAGUACCGGGAGCCGAUGUGUCCACCAGCGAGCCGCUGUGGCUGCCUGCGGGCGGUAGCCACGGCAAUGCAAUUUCAAGUAUUGGCUUUGGCGCCGACUGUGAUGCGUGCCGCGUUGAGGUACUCGAUGGCACCCACCAGGUUACCAUUGGCAUCGCUCACGAUGUCGGGGCGGUCUCACAGGCAGCGACAGAUCAAGACCCCACAUUUGUGGUCGAGAUGACUUGCGACGAUGUGGUCCACGUCGGCGUAGUGCACCGGGCUGAGAGCCUUACCGAGCUCGGCAUCGCCAACCAGCCAGACACAACCGUAGUCGCUGUUGCGCACAACGGCCGCCUUGUGGCACACGCACUCGUCGCGAGCCUCUCUUCCCAGUCUCACCGCGUGAGUGUGAGUCUGGAGUCUGGCAGCACCGCAUGCCGGCUCACUCCACUGGACGUUUGGAAGCAUUCGGUGUCCGCCAGCCCGGUCCUUCGCACCCCGCUCUCCUCGCUAGCGUCCACCAGCACCCAUCGCGACGGCGAAGUUGCUGGCUGGCUGAUCACUUUCCGCGAUCAGCCCGGUGCCGGUGUGGUCGCGGGCGCGGUCUUUGCGAGCCGGUCAGCCCGUGAGGCAUACGCCCGAUUCGAGGGCACGCCUGGCGCAAUGGGGAGCUUUGUAGUGCCACAUGCGGAUCCGUGGCUUCGGAUGAACGACGCGGCUCAGACAGCGGUGUGUGCUGUUGGACUGCGCCCCGACGAGCUCUCGCUCGACGCCGCGUGGCUCUCGCAGCCGUCGCUCCACCUGCUCCUGGGUGCGCUCGACUGCGCAGCCACCCGCUUCGAGCUGGCGAGGCAGCCGCAGCUUGCCGCAACUGUCUCGCGAUGGCUGUGGGCGAGCGUGGCGGUCGCGUACCGAUUGGCGCCACUCGCCGGCCGCGCCAUUUGUGCGCUGGCGGCCGACGGCUGGAAGGAGCUGGCCAGCGAGAUCGAGGCCAUAGCUCUCUCGCCAUGGGAUGUCGACCAGACUGGCCACCUUCCGCCGCUGAUGGGCAAGCCGUCAAAGGCUGGCAUCUUCACCGAGGCUGCACUGUGGACGACUGCUGUCGGCUCUGGCUCGCCGAACGAGGUCGCGUUCCCGCUGUUGGCCCUACAAACGCUGAUGGCUUACGGCUACGACGAAGCAGAGCCACAGGACGCGUUUACGGAUUGGGCGGCGCGUGUGAGCGCCUUGGUCCACGGUGGUGAGGGCGAGAGGGAGGUUGGCGGAGCUGCUGAGGCCGUGGUACCGCUGGCUGUAACCGGACUGGGCGCCAGCGCCACAGUGAGCUACGGACUCGUCGACCCAUCAGCAUCGCUGGUGGCGACGCUCCCACCAGAGCUCGAGGAGGUCACUGAGGUGUCGGUGGUGUACUGCGGACCGCCGCGCGGCGGCGAGGCCGCGUCUGUCGAGCUGUACGUGCUAGAGCACGAUGAGCAAACCAGCCCUAGCGAGGCGUUUGCGAGCGCGGUAUUGAGCGGGUUGCCACCGACGGCUGUGGUCUCCUUCACCAGCUCCACGGUGGUCAAGGUUGCCACCCGUGGCUCGCUACUUGUUGCGAUGGCGGACGCACCAGUCACGCUUGCGCUUCGCGGUAGCAUGCGGGGUGGGCUGGAGGCGACCUUGCCGGACGCGGCCACUUUUGGCCUGCAGUGGUGCGUCUCGGCUGCGCUCUCGCUAAGCACGUUAGACGCCAGACCGAGCGCGCUUGGGAGCAUGGUCUCCGCUCUGCGUGGCCUGGUGCAUCCACAGGUGAGGCGUGUGUUUGCCGACGAAGAGCUGGCGCGGACGGCGGGCGAGGUCAAGACGGGUGCACCGGCGCCGGUCGAGACCAUCGAGCUCGAUGUCGGGCUGAGUGGGGGCGGUGACGCUGCAGCGCUCGUCGCGUCGCAGCUCACGGCGCACGUGACGGCCCGAUCUGCGGCUGAGCUGCGGACCCAGUCGCGGCCGUGGAAGGUGGCCUUUCGGGGGCUCCCUGCUGCUGACGCUGGCGGGCCGUUCCGUGAGGCUCUUUCGCUUUUUGCCACAGGCCUCCGGGCCAUUGUUCUGGAGCCGUCGCCGAACCAGGCGCUCAACGUGGGCGAGAGCCGCAGUGACUGGGUGUUUGUCUCGGGUGAGCCGAGUGUGUCGCAGAAGCAGAUGCUGCGCGCGCUCGGCAUGCUCAUGGGCUACUGUGUGCGAUCGCCGGGUCUUCUCGAACUCGACCUUCCGCUACGGGUGUGGCGUGCCUUGACAUACUCGCGCGAGGCCGGCGGCGUCGGGGUGCUGGCGGCGCAAGACAGCCUGGUGGCGAUGUCGCUUGCGGCGAACCAUGGCGACGAUGUCAGCGCCGCCGACGCGGCUGCGAAUGCACUUCUGGCGGCAACGUCAGCAGCCGAGGCGGCGGUGCGCGAUGGACUGGAAGCCAUUGUCCCGCCGAGUGUUCUCAGAAUCAUGCUGCCCGAUGAGCUCGAGCUGGCAGUCUCCGGCCACCGCGAGCUCGAUCUGGAGCAGCUGCGCGAGGCCGCACUUGUUGUCGCCCCGCUCGACGAGACCUCGCCCGAAGUCGAGUACACCUGGCAGGCGCUGACUUCGUUUGACGCAGACCUCCGCGCCGCUUUUGUCCAGUUUGUCUGGGGCCGGAGGCGGCUCUCGCCGUGCGAGAUGGCGGAGAAGCACCUGACACUACGUAGGCUUGUGGUCCCACCAGGUACUGAGCCAGACACUGUCUUGCCACAAGCAUCGACCUGCUGGUUCAUGCUCUACCUCCCGCCUUGGUCCAGCUACGAGGUCGCCCGCGAGCGACUAGCAUACGCAUUGGUCGAGUGUCGCGCCAUGGGUCGCGAGUAA